UUUGUCACAUCGUUGUUUUGAAACCAGCUUUCAAUGUGUGAAUUAUGUAAACCGAUUAUACGGAUUUUCAAGCGAUUAUCGUAGAAAUUGUCCUCCAGAUGCGUAUUCGCCGAAGCCAAACCUUACGACAGCUGUUGGAUCUUUGGCCAGGCAAAAAAGUACUCGGAAUCUACCGGUUCCUGCCGUUAUUCUUCGGCCUAGGCGCUACACUAGAGUUCUCCAUGAUCCAUUGGCGAGUGGGAGACACGAACUUUUAUAAUACCUUCAAGAAACGCCAGGCGAAGGAUAUUGUCGAGGAGAAACUCUUACUGAAACAAUUGGAACCAACACGCGAAGAACUGAAGUAAAAAUGCCAGCCGGUGUGCCGAUGAAAGAAUAUCUCAAGUUCAUGACCGCUGCUAUGUUGUCCAUGUUCGCCGGUUCUCAGUUGGUUCACACGUAUUACAAUCCCCUGAAAGACCUCAACUAUUAUGUAGAAAAAGAAAUUAAAACCCAGCGACUUAGGGAGGUUAAACAACCGGCGGUUGAGGCUAUCAACAAUGUAGAAUAAACUUAUUUAUUUGUAA